UCGAUGUGCUUAUUCACUAAGAAGAAAGCAAAAUCAAAAGAUAAGGUUGAUUCUCUACCUCAGUCACAUGAUGGCCCUCAAUUCAAAUCAAAAUGUUCAGUGGCAGACAGCAUGAUUCUGAAAGCAAUAAAGAGGAGCAGAAUUCAAAGGUCGAAGGAAAAUUUGCGGAAUCAAUUGGAAGAAGCUCAGAAGGCAUUUGGCGUGGAGCCUAAUUCUGCACUUAUAGAUCGAAUUUGUUCAAGCAAACGAGCUGCGUCAGAAGCAUCUUUGAGGAAAGGUGACUUGAUAUUCUCAUUAAAAGACCUGAAGAAAAGGAAAAGUGGAAGCAAGAGUUACAAGGAUAACAGUGACGUGAAAUUGCGGAAGAAAGAGGCGGAUGCUGAGGAUGAUACUUUUUAUCCGUCGCAGUCCCAGCCAGGAAAUGUUGCUGACGAAGAUGAAGUAUUGCAAGAAGUGUGUUACAUGAAAUUCAAAAAAAUUUUGGCUGAAUUGAAGCUAAAUGAGCCACCACAAUGGGAUCCAUAUGCGCCUCUGGAGGAACUUGAAUCCCGGGGAGAUUUCAACCGUCAGAUUUUGCGCAAAAACACAUUUCUUGCCAAUUCGCUAUCCAUGCCAAAUACAAAUGAGAGCAAAGAAAAAUUUCAGACAAAAGCCUUGCAUGCUUCACGAAGAAAGGUUCGGUUCAAUAAAAAUAUAAUAGAUAUCACUGAUUGGGAAGAAUUUGCAUGGUAA